AUGCCACCACCAGAUCAACGCCUUUUUAUACCUCCAAAGCAACCAAAAGACCAUCACCAUAGUAAACCACAAUCACCACAAUCAAUAAUACCACCUCCACCGUUUGACGAGUCUCCAGCUACAAGAAUUGCCCGCUACACAAACCUCUAUACCAAAAUCAUUCAGAUUUUCCCCAAAGACAAGUCCACAUUAUUAGUCCCCAAACCCAAAUCUGCACCUUCUGCAUCUAAUCUUCACGUCUUUGUAGACCUUUCCAAUGUCUACAUUGGUCUAUGCAAAACUAUCGAAACAUACCUCGACUACUACUACGCAGCCCCAGAUUUAGCAGCUGCUUUUGCAAAAAAACCUUCAUCAAAACAUAUCCACCCUCUCGACAUGGAAGCCCUAGAUAAAGUCUUGUUAAGAGGCCGUGCUGCUGCCCAGAAAGUAGUCGUUGGAUCUACUCCAACUUCAGCUUCAAACCCCAUGCAUGCUGUCUAUGGAAAGAUGUUUGCACAUGCCCGGAAACUACACUAUGAUGUAACAAUCAUGUCGCGUGUGGAGACAUAUCCAGAGUCAUCUCACCACCAUAAAGAGCACGGUGUGGAUGAACUUCUUAGUGUACGCAUUCUGCAGACCGUACGCCAGACACAAACCCCAGGUACCAUUGUUCUUGCGACGGGUGACGGUCAACCUCCUGCCUUUACCAACGGUGGUGCUGCGCUCGGGUUUCUGGCAGCCGUCGAAAAGGCCUUGGCUGAAGGUUGGGCCGUGGAACUAUAUUCGUUUGGUGCUUCACUGAGUGGCAACUGGCGGCGACUGCUGCGUGCUCCUGACCUUGUUCUUGCCCGUUUCCGCAUAGUGUACCUGGACGAGUUUGUACUUGGUCUGGCUGCGGGUCCCGUUGUUGCGGCGCUACGCGGGUGCGAGCAUGAGGCCAACUUAAAGGUUUUGCAAGACCGUGAGAAAAAUAAAAUAAUGAAUAAAGAAAGGGAAGAAAAAAAUCAAGAACAAGAACAAGAAAUAACGUUUGAAGAUGUGCUAGGAAUCGAAGCAAAACGGAGACCUCUCGGGAACCACGACGGACUGUUCAUGCCGGGUCAGUCACUGCACACAUCUUGA